CAGAUGCGUGUUUUGUGUGCGUUGGAGUCGUAAUUGCAAAGUAAUUAUGUCGAUCAGAUAAUACUUUUAACCACUAGAUUCAUCCUUGUGAUCGUCUACAAAACAACAGGAAUCGAAGGAAUAAGGAAUUCACAGGAUAUUAAUUUAUUAGUUAUACAUGGAGAGAGAUCAGAAGAAGCGAACCAGGUCGGUGGAUGGCGGUAGCGGAGGACAUAGGAAGAAAGAGAGAGAAGCGAAGGGGAAGGAUGUAGAGAACGAUCCGGUGGUGGUGGUGCCUGCUCCCACGGAGGAUGAGGUGGAUGAGUUUUUUGCUAUUCUGCGACGGAUGCGGACGGCGGUGAAGUACUUCGAGAAAGGUAAGUUAUCGGAUCCGUCACGAGAUGCUGCUGCUGCUGAUGAUGAUGUUAAUAAUAAGAAGAGAACGGACGGUGCUCUUCUGGAUCUGAAUACUGUUCCUGACGAGAGAGAAUAGGUGCUUUCCACGGCGGAGCGUAGGUCCGUCUGCGCAUCUUAAAUUUUUAAGCUUUGCUGUAUGGCUAUCUUGCGCUGAUGUAACUUUUCCCGGUUCGGCUCAUCCGGCUGGGCUUUGACCCAAAUGUUCCAUAUAUGAAUUUUUAUUUUUAUUUGUUUA